GUUGUGGGCAUUGACAUCAUCUACCAGCAGACACACAGUAGAAAAUAAAGACAAAGAAAAUGGUGGACACAACUAUUGGGACAUCAAAAUCUGACAGAAGUCCGAAGAGCUUAACAAACAUUGAAAUCUUUGAGAUAUGCAUAUAUUUUGUCAUCAUAGUCAUAGGUGUCAUUGGAAAUGGACUUGUCAUCUUUGUGACCGGCUACAAAAUUAAGAAGACAGUCAACUCCAUUUGGUUUCUCAACUUGGCGAUUGCAGACUUCUUUUUUAUUAUGUUCUUGGUGUACACAAUUGUUGUUGCCUUUGACAACAACAUACUUUUGAACUUGAACAAACACAUGAAUGCAUGUUUGUAUUUUGGUUUUGCACUAAAUAUGUCUGCAAGUGUUUUAUUUCUGACAGUUAUCAGUGUGGAUCGAUGUCUGUGCACAUGGUUUGUUGUUUGGGUUCAGAACAAACGAACUUUAGUCAAAGCCAAAAACAUCAGUGUAUUUGUGUGGUUUUUAUCCAUCUACUACAGCAUCCCUUUUGGCUUUGUUGAGUAUGUAAAGGAUGCUGAAAAUGUCAACAAUGUCUAUAUGUCUCUGUUCACAUUUAUGUUUAUUAUGGGAUUUGUAAUUCCCUUUAUAAUCAUUGUAUCUUCAUACAUAGCUAUUGGUGUGCGAGUAAAACGUCUCAAAACAGGAAAGCAGCUUCGGCCUUUCCGGAUCAUAUCUGUGAUUCUGGCUUUUUUCAUAUGCUGGUUUCCUUUGCAUGUUCAGCAAUUGUGUUUAAUAAGUGCAUAUAAGUAUAACUGGAGUGCCAGUGCUUUUGAGAAAAUUUAUGCUGCAGGACCUUUUGUUUUCUGCCUGAUUUUUCUUAAUAGUUGUGUGAACCCUGUUCUCUAUGUGUUCAUGUGUGACGAGUAUAAGAAGAAACUUAAAAAGUCUUUCCUGCUGGUGUUUGAGGGGGCUUUUGUUGAGGAGCAAAUUUUGGCUUUGAGAUCAACUCCACUCCCUCAAAACUCUCAAUGUCUGCAGGUAGUAAGUAUACAGACAUAAAAACAACCAUCUGAUCCUUUGCUGACAGGCAAGAUAACUUUUUAGAUGAUUGGAGAUAUACAUUUGUAAUUUAGAGAUAAAGAUUUCUGAAGUACUCCUCCAUUCUCCUGUGUUUAGACAAACAGAAAGUCUCACUCCAAAUUCUUGCCAACAGCUCAAUGUAUCCAUGAAGAGGAAGUGAAGAAUCAAUCUACAAAUUUCUUACUUAGAUUAAAUUUAACUCUCUCACUGAAUGUUUAUCUUUUUGUUUUGUUAUGCACAAUUAUAUGUUGUAACAUGAUUAGUGCAAAUCUUUCUUUUUUUUUAAUCUUAUCUUGUAACUAUCUAAGCUUAUCUUAUCUAAAUCUAAGCUUAUAGC